CUUCGGAUCUGCGUGCAUUCUCCGUGUUCCGUCAGCGAAGUACACGUGAAGUUUUAAUAAUGAAUGCAGAUGGAGAUGGACCAGGUGAGAAUGAAGCCUCAUUCUGGAUUGGAUAUGAAGACCUUUUCAAGGAAAUACAGGACAUGAAGUCCUACUAUGAACGAAUGGCUGAAUUGUGCUAUGAAGCCAUCCACGAGCCACAUGCAUGUAUGAAGAAGAAAAUGAAAGAAGUUACAAUUCCUAGUCAACCCAAACGGACAUUGGAAGAAGUACUAAGGGACAAGAAAGAAAGGAAGGAAGUGAUACCAGCCCUGGUGCCUAUGGAGAAGCUGCGUCUAUCCACGGAUAACUCG